GCAGCGCGGGGCCGGGCAGGUUUUCAGGAUGAAUCUGGAAAAACUCAGCAAACCAGAACUACUGACGCUGUUUAGCAUUCUCGAGGGAGAAUUAGAAGCAAGAGAUCUUGUCAUAGAGGCUUUAAAGGCCCAGCACAGGGACACAUUCAUUGAGGAGCGCUAUGGGAAAUACAACAUCAGUGAUCCACUGAUGGCUCUGCAGAGAGACUUUGAGACACUGAAGGAGGGGAACCAUGGUGAAAAGCAGCCAGUAUGCUCCAAUCCUUUAUCUAUUUUGAAGGUGGUGAUGAAGCACUGCAAGAACAUGCAGGAAAGAAUGUUAUCCCAGCUGGCUGCUGCGGAAAGCAGACACAGAAAGGUGAUCCUGGACCUGGAGGAGGAGAGGCAGCGGCACGCCCAGGACACGGCCGAGGGGGACGAUGUCACCUACAUGCUGGAGAAGGAGCGGGAGCGGCUCACCCAGCAGGUGGAGUUUGAAAAGUCCCAAGGGAAAAAGUUCGAGAAAGAGCUGAAGAAGCUGUCGAGCCAGUUGGAGGAGGAAAGGGCACGCCACAAGCAAGUGUCCUCCAUGCUUGUUGUGGAGUGCAAGAAAGCCACUGCCAAAGCAGCUGAAGAGGGCCAGAAGACAGCAGAACUGAGCUUGAAAUUGGAAAAGGAGAAGAGUAAGGUGAGUAAACUGGAAGAGGAGCUCGCAGCCAAGAGGAAGCGGGGCCUGCAGAUGGAAGCACAAGUAGAAAAGCAGCUCUCAGAGUUUGACAUUGAAAGAGAGCAGCUGAAAGCUAAGCUGAACAGAGAAGAAAACCGUACAAAAGCACUCAAAGAAGAGGUGGAAUGUCUGAAGAACGCCCUGAAAGAGCUGGAGGCUUCUUGCCAGGAGCACAGUCCCUCCAAGCCCGUGCAUGCCGGCCCCUCGGUGACAUCCAGGGGGGUCACAACUGACAGUGCCCCAGUGAAGUCUGUGUCCUGCCAGACCGAGGGCCUGCAGGCAGAGCGAGCAGCCCCUGCCAGCAGCAGCAGAGCUGUUCACGCCGUGUUUGCCAGCCCCCCUGCACCUGCUCAUUCCUAUGCAAAAUCCAACGGGCACUGUGACACAGAGGGGGAGACGGGUGCUGCAGAGAGCCAAGCUCCCAGGGAGAAAGCUGCUGCAGCCCCGGAGAGUGCAGCGGAGAACGGAAGCUCCCCUGUAAGAACAGAGUCACCGGUGCACCAGCUCCCCUCUGCCGGGGCGUCCCUGUCUCCCAGCAGCACAGCUGCCUCCUCCCUCACCCCUUCUCCCUGCUCCUCACCAGUGCUGGCCAAACGCUUGGUGGGAGCCUCUGCCAGCAGCCCUGGCUACCAGUCCUCCUACCAGGUGGGCAUCAACCAGCGUUUCCACGCGGCCAGGCACAAGUUCCAGUCCCAGGCAGAGCAGGAGCAGCAGCCGGGGGGCCUGCAGAGCCCCCCGUCCCGGGACCUGUCCCCCACCCUGGCCGACAACUCUGCUGCCAAGCAGCUGGCCCGCAACACGGUCACCCAGGUGCUGUCCAGGUUCACCAGCCAGCAGGGCCCCAUCAAGCCUGUGUCCCCCAACAGCUCCCCUUUCGGCACGGACUACCGCAGCCUGGCCGGUGCUGGCAGCCCCAGAGCCGAGGCUGGCCACUGCCCAAGCCCUGCCAAGGUUUCCAGCCCGCUCAGCCCCUUGUCUCCCGGAGUCAAGUCACCGACCAUUCCGAGGGCAGAAAGAGGGAACCCUCCGCCCAUCCCUCCGAAGAAACCCGGCCUGGCUCAGUCGCCUGCUGCUCCUGCUCCUCUCAGCAAAGCCUCCCAGGCCUCCUCCCUGGGUGCCCCCAUGGACGUGGCCAGUAGCUGCUCCAGCAGCACCGUCGUGUCAAAUGGCAAGGACCUGGAGAUCCUCCUGCCAAGCAGCAGCUAGUCUCCAGAAAAUGGGAAUGUGACAUUCCACAGCUUAGCUUACCCUGCAGCUAAGACACUGU